AUGACUACAGAGGUAUUACCCAACGUCACAUCAUCGACGGACCAAGUUCUGCCUCCUGAAUAUUCGCUAAAUGAACCAGAGCCAGAACAUUGUCCUGGUCCAGAGUCCGAAAUGGCUGGUAAGGCCGAUGCCUGUCAAGGUUGCUCUAAUAAAGAUAUCUGUGAAUCCCUUCCUAAGGGGCCUGACCCUGAUAUUCCACUAAUUACUGAGAAUCUAGCAGGGAUCAAACACAAGAUCCUGGUACUUUCAGGUAAAGGUGGUGUUGGGAAAUCUACGUUUACAACUAUGUUGAGUUGGGCUCUGUCGGCAGAUGAAGAUUUACAAGUAGGAGCCAUGGAUUUGGAUAUCUGUGGACCUUCGUUGCCACAUAUGCUAGGGUGUACUGCGGAAGUGGUCCAUGAAUCAAACUCCGGUUGGACCCCCGUUUAUGUUGCUGAUAAUUUGGCUGCCAUGUCUAUUCAGUUUAUGUUACCAGAGGAUGACUCUGCUGUCAUAUGGAGAGGCUCCAAGAAGAAUCUAUUAAUCAAGAAAUUCCUGAAGGAUGUAGACUGGGACUAUUUGGAUUAUUUGGUCGUCGAUACUCCUCCAGGAACUUCGGAUGAGCAUAUUUCUAUUAACAAAUACAUGCAAGAAUCUGGAAUUGAUGGCGCCCUUAUAGUAACUACUCCACAAGAAGUUGCAUUGCUAGAUGUAAGGAAGGAAAUUGAUUUUUGUAAAAAAGCUGGUAUCAACAUCUUAGGUCUUGUAGAGAAUAUGAGUGGAUUUGUUUGUCCUAAUUGUAAGGGAGAAUCUCAGAUUUUUAAGGCUACCACAGGUGGUGGGGAAGCACUAUGUAAGGAGUUAGAUAUCAACUUCCUUGGGUCUGUACCUUUGGAUCCAAGAAUAGGGAAGUGUUCUGAUUUUGGAGAAAGUUUCUUGGAUGCUUAUCCCGAAAGUCCAGCAUCCUUAGCAGUGUUGAAUGUCGUCGAAUCCUUACGAGAUGCCGUAGGUGAUAUUUAG